AUGACUAAAUCGCAAGCUGGAUCCAUUCGACAGGAGCCCGAGCCACCACUACAGCCAACACCUGUCAAUCUGACCAGCCACGCCACCCUAAUGACACUCAAGGAUCUCCAGGAUAGGAACCUGCCAUUCCCAUGCUAUCCAACGCUGGAGAGUGAGUCGCCUGACAAGCGUCCUGAAAGCAACGACCGAAUCAGGCAGCUGUGGGAGUGUUCCGAGGAAGCUGUGAUAUUGAAGGGUGUCGACCGCAGCUCCAAGAAACCAGCGACGACCACCUCCAGAGCUAGCUACGACUUCACCUUCUACACUCUCAAACCAGAGCCGACUCCUGCCGCACCUGCUCAGGAUGAAGAGGACACGAGCCCAACGCUGAAUGGAGAAUAUAAGCGCAGAACGCCGUCUCCAUCUCCACAUUCACCCACCCUGGCUAUCUCCACGGUCCCUGCUGCUGACCGGAGGAUGAGGAGAGACUUCCUCGGAUGGGCCCCGCGCUCCCUCAGAAAUCGCCGUGCUGAGGCAAGGGACCGAGAAAUGACGGGGCGGGCAGAGAGAGAAGAAUCCGUCAGCCAGAUCCAUCGUUCCGCUCCGUGCGUUACGAAACGGGAUCACUCCGAUGUAGAUGACGAGUGA